CCAUUCUGCCUCAGGUCUUGUCAAGUCAGCAUUACCUGCUCUAAUCAGAGGAUAUUAAAGCACCCGUGUGACUCACCUGCCCCCCCUGCAGGUCUGAUGUACAUGCUGCUUAAACACCUGGUGGACCGAUACAACAUGUACUACGCCUACCUGCCGUCCAAACUGGACAAGAAGAUCCACUCCGGAGCCGUCACCCAGGUGGUGGCUGCACCCAUCCUCUGCCUCUUCUGGCUACUCUUCUUCUCCACUGUACGCACAGGUUUUGAGACACCAACCUCCAUGUUUACUCUGGUGGUGCUGAUCGUCACCAUCGUGGUCUGUCUGUCCCACGUCUGUUUCGGACACUUCAAGUACCUGAGUGCUCACAACUACAAGAUCGACACCAAGGAGAACGAUGUGGACACUGUUGAGAAUGGACGUCCAGCUCGUCCCUCGUCCUCGCCCAUCACCAAAUCUCAGCAGCAGCAGCAGCAACAGAUGUACAUCGCCCAGGUGCUUCAGGACCCAAACUCAGACGAGCCAGGGGGCGGCAGCGGCGAGGAGGACCGUGGGUCAUCCCAGGAUGAGGAGAUACUGAACGGAGGAAACAGCAUAAACGAGGCGGAUUUCCAGUCAGGGGAGGACAGUCUGAUUGCCAACGAGGUCCGCCAGUAGCUGGAGGUGGAACCAAAGGGAGCAGAUGGAGCUAGCUGAGUCCACACCCAUACAACAUGUGUAGAAUAAACGUGAAUCACUACACAUGCAGAUACAACAACAGACAGACACAGUUAGCUCCACCCCCUCCCUGCUCGAAGACUUGACCCUGACCUUUGACGCCGGCGCUGGGUCGCCAGUAUCCAGUCCUGCUAUUCUGUAGAAACUUGGUGGACAUCAAACUGUUUCGCAGGAAGUCACUGUAAAUAACCACAAAGCCAAAAGUUUUUCUUAUUUUGUUUUUCUGGGGGUAAAGGACUGGGUUUUAAAUUUUGUGCCUGGGCUGGACUUUUUUUGUUCGUACUCGUGUCUUGACUCUUUAUCCCACCGUAGGUCGCAGGGACUCCUACCAGGGGUCAGAGCUGAUGCUGUCUAUUUCCUCAGCCCGGUUAACGCCUCCAAACAAUUUCUGCUGUUGCCGUCCUCCGGUGUCAGAGUGCUAAAUAAUUCGCCAAUCUCUCGUAGUGGUAGAAGUUUUGCUUAUGCAGACGCAUCACAGCCUCCUUUCUUCACAUUCUCCUCUUUGUUUUUGUGGAACCCGUCGUUUUUGGAUUUUGCUGGAACAUUCAACACAUCACCUGGAAGUUUUGGAUUUUUUCGAUCUGCCAAGCUUGUGCUGCAUGUUGCUGUCUGCGUUGACGAUAUCGCCACCAAAGGAUGUCAUCCAUCACAGGACUGUAGUGAACGCACCUGAUCUCCACUCAGUCCCAGCAGCACGUUGUCCUACCGGCUGAAUGAACGUUAAGCUUCCCUGCUUUAGUUGGAUGACUUCUCGGCCAUCGAACAACUGGACUCAACACAAGGAUUCUUUCCUUCCUCAGUUUUAUUUCACCUGAACUACCUUAAAUAAUGAAUACCAGACAAAGGGAACAGGGAUGUUCGUGUCUGUGUAGGUUUAGCAUUCAAGACUCUUCAUUGACGGGAGAACUUUGUGCAGACGCUCUGUUAUGUCCAGCAGCAGCAGUUGAGUAGUUGAGUUCAGGUAGAAGAGCAGAGCUUUUCGACCUUUUCAAUCCUUAACACCUGUCAGGAAGGACUCUCAAGGGAAAACGUUUUUCGUGUGUGAGUGUGUGUGUGUGUCUGACCAAUAGCUUAUCUUACACCAGCCUUCAGAAAUAAGGGUUCAUCAAAGUCACCAUGUAACCAAAAACACCACGUUAGGCUAAUGUUGGCCGAUAGAAAGAAUAUGAACCACGUGAUGUUGAGUCUUUUCACCUUAGCCUAGCCUAGUACAAAUGACCAACCACUCGAAGUCUUCUUGUUGUACACAUUGUCUCUUCUUGUUAGCAGCUGUCAAAGGCUUCUUUGAUAGGAUUAAAAUAUUAAUGUAUGGUCCAGUUAGCAUAACGUUCUAGGUUUUCAUCCCUGGCUCUAGUCGACAAAAUCCAGGUGUCUCCUGUGUGGAUUUGGUGGUGCGCUAUUUUGCUAGCUAACAAGACAUUUCAAGGGCAAAGAAAUCAUUAAAUCUGAGAUGUUGACCAAAGGAUGAUCUGUGUGAAACGUGUUAGAGCCCAUAAUGGAGAAGGAUAUCUUAGCUUAUUAGCCGUGUCACUACGCUGCACUGUCAGACUAUUAACUUAUAGAUAGAGACAUGUUCCCCGUUACCGACUGAGCGAACGAAACUAGCUAACUGUCAUUCAGCUUGUUUCAAGCUCACCAACUUAAAGAGUCGCUCUUUAUCAAAUGAAAUUCAUUCUUUUUUUCUCUUAUGAUGGAGCUAACCUCAGUUUCCAGUCUUUGUGCUAAGCUAGGCUAAACAUGUCCUGAAUAAAGAAAAUAUAGAUUAGAAAAAUCUGUGAUGUGGCUAAAUUUAAUUUAAAGGACAUUGAAUUAUCAAACAUCAAGAACAUGUAAACUACAUCAAUUUUCAUCAGUUUGAGAAUUGACUGAAACGUUGUCAUCACUUCCUCCCUGAUCUGAUAUUAGACUUCGUCCGAUUGUUCAUGUUUAGUCGAUUAUCUCCUCGACUUCUUUUUUUUUAAAAUUUUCCCUAUACACAUUUUCAAUGGACAUCUAUCAUCCAAACAUCAUCUGGCAUUUCCUCCGACAGUGUAGUACGCUUGAUGCUCUUAUACUUGAUUUUAACUACACAUACUCAUGAUGGUACCCACGCUUACCUUUGUCUUCUGAACGUUGAAGCAUUAUUGGUUGCCAUGGCAACAGGAAAAGGAUGCUGACAUGGCGUAAUUAAUAGACAAUGGAAGAAACGGAAGAAUAACAAAAACUUAUGUGUGUGUGUGUGUGUGUGUGUGGAUACAGGGCUGGACUAUGAAAGCUGUAGCCACCAACAUGUUGGUUUUAGUCUGGUGCUACACGCCGGAGAACCUGCAGCAUUUGUGUCCAGGUGAUGUAGAAUUCUUUUAGUUUCCUCUUCACUUCCAGCCGUCGUCUCUCAGGCGCUCCGGCCGUGAUUGUAUGCACAUGACAGUGAAUCUGAAGGAGAGUCACAUUGGAUCUGAGACUGGAGGUUCAGCAGCUCUCAGUCUGGAGGUGUCCUCUGGAGUUUCAGCUCAGUGAUCAGACUGUAAAUCAACAGAAACAUCUUGUGUCCUGAAGAUUCAGGAUUUCUGACAAUCAGCCUCUUAAAUUAGCAGAACGUUGCCUGAAUGUACAUUCAGUAGCUGUUCUGGAGCUUUUGACCACAUGAGCUUCAUCAGCAGAUGGAAUUAACAGUGAAGUGUAGAUGUUUAAAAACGUAUUUUCUGAUCAUUUCAAGGAGUUUUGGUUCAUAUCUGAAUGAAGAACACAUAAUAUGGUCAGAAGCUCCAGAGCAGCUACUGAGUGAACCUCGUAAUGAAAGUUUAGGAACUGUGACUGAAAUCAAUCUGACUCUUGUCAUUUGGUUUAAAGUCAUGUAGGAGCUCAGAUCUGCGGAUGCGACUGUUCUUUGAAUUUUAAAAGAGUUUUCUCUGGUGACGAUGUUCCAUGAGCAAAGCAGAGGUUAUCACAUGCUAACAUGCUAACUUUAGUAGAAACAAAGAAGUGAUAGAAACAGAAGAAAACGAACGUUAACGGUGUUGUUUCACCUCUGGAGACAUUGGUUGAUAGAUUAGUGGGCUGCUAAUGCUAACAUUAGCUAUGCAGCUCUCCCUCUAGAUUUCUUCCACCGACCAGAUGCCUGGAGGCCAAAAGAGUUCCAACGUCUCACGUGGUCUAGACUGCUUUGAUCUGCUUCAGUCCGGUUCAGGCUGGUUUGAUCUGAUCUGGUUCUGAGGAGCUGAGCUGAAGGUUGAGAGCUGAAGGUUGAGAGCUGCUGUGGUCACUGAUGUCUCGAUGUUAUGAUGUGAAGACGCUGGUAUAAAAAAAAGUGUGUGAUAUUUUUGUAACUGACUGAAGUAUUUGAUACUGAACACGUGUUAAAGAAACGUCGAUAGCUGUGACGAUGCUGUUGUAACAUGUAACUAAAGGUUUUUAAUAAUCAGCCGCUGCUUUUUGCUUUUGGUAGUUUUUUAAAUUGUUGCUGAACUUACUGAAUUUGUGAAAAGAAUAAUGUGAAGUAAAGAGCUGAAAGCUACUGAUCCUGGGAACAUGUGUAUAAAAUGUGUGUAAAUAGCCAUGGAACUGCACCGUCGUCCUCGGAGACGAACACAACUCAGUAUCUCAUCUCACCAACUCCGAGCUAACGUCAACUGGUCCAUUUCAUGCUUUUAAUUUAUUAAUGUAACACUAUUUAUUUUUUUGCUUUCCAGGUUAUAUGUACAGUGAAACAUUCGUCCUAUUUAUGUUAUUUGAUCAAUAAAAAAUUACUU